AUGGCCGCCCAACAUGUCAACCCCAACCCGCCAACUUACGACCAUGCUUUGGCAGCCUUACCCACCCGUGCAGAACUCCUUACCAUGACCCCGGCACAAGUCGAACACCAAGAACGGAUCGAACGUCUCGAGCACGAUCGGAAAGUCCGUCAGCAUGAGCUACGGCGCCUGGAGUCGGGUCCCGCCGCAGAUACUGCCGCAGCCCACGCCAAAGCACAGGCCGAAGCUGAAGCUCGCCGCACGUAUAACAAUCUCCUGAACCAAGUCUCGACCAUCGUCGAUCAAGGCUGGAACGUACCAGGCACAGAAGAGCUCUCCAAGCCAGCGAAAAAGCUGUCGAGCUUCCUUUGCAAAAUUCUGAAUGCGGACUAUCUGAACGGUACCAACCAAUUCGAUCUUUGCUGCUGCUCUUGGAACACAAAGCACCUCCAUGCGGUCGGUGCCAGAGGGGGUGUCACAAAUGCUCAGCAAGACCGAAUUAAAGUCGUCAGGGACGCUGCCCAGGAACCCAACCUUUCUUAUGAUCUCGUGAAAGCGCUAAUGCUGCAGUACUCUGAUUACCAGCAUUCAAGUUGGAGGUACACUAACUCUCUUGCUGAACAUGGUCGCUGGGAAGCAGUCACAGUCAAGAUUUGGAUGGAUGCGUACACGGUCGUGCCGGUCGUGGCGAAGAACGAUCGUGAUGCUGCGAUGCUGUUGGACGGGAUCAUUAAGAAGGCGAAGUGGGUUUGCCAAAAUCGGCGGUCAUUCGACGGGUAUGUCAAGAGCAUCGAAGACAGAGCUGCUGACUACCGUGCGCGGAGUUGA